UGAGGGUGAUAAUUUGGAAACAGGAAGUGGAGGUUGAGGUAGCUGGGGACAGUGGGUUCCCGCGAGGGAAACUCGGAUCAAACAAACAAACAAAGUGAACCUUCUUUUGAGUUUUGAGUUUUGACAAAGGAAGGAAAAAAUACAUACAUACAUAAAAAUAGAGUCACAGACACAAACACAAACACAAACACAGAGAAUAAUAAGAGAGAGAGAGAGAGAGAAAUGGAAGCAGCAAUGGGAUUGAUGAGAAGAAUACCUCCGAAGCAAACGGAGACAGCACUCUCAGCACUCCUCACCCUUUUGCCCCAUCACUCUUCCGAUCUCCUCUCUCAAGUUGAUCAGCCCCUCCAGGUUUUAUGCGAUGUGGAUCAAGGGAAGGAGUUUAUUUUGUGUGAAUACAACAGAGAUGCCGACUCCUAUAGAUCACCUUGGUCAAAUAAGUACCAUCCACCAUUAGAGGACGGAACCCUUCCAUCACUAGAGUUGAGGAAACUUGAAGUUGAAGCGAAUGACAUCUUUGCAAUUUAUCGUGACCAGUACUAUGAAGGUGGCAUUUCCUCAGUUUAUAUGUGGGAAGAUGAUAAUGAAGGUUUUGUAGCAUGCUUUCUAAUAAAGAAAGAUGGCUCAAAGACAGGGCAUGGUCGAAGGGGUUACCUGCAGGAGGGAGGAUGGGAUGCUAUACAUGUCAUUGAGGUGGGGCCAGAGGAGGAGGGAGUGGCUCAUUACCGGUUAACCAGUACUGUCAUGCUAUCUUUGACUACGGAUAACGAGUCAUCAGGCACAUUUAGCUUGUCUGGGUCAAUCAGACGACAGAUGGAUAUGAGCCUCUCAGUUGCAGAGGGUCAUCUUUGUAAUAUGGGAAGGAUGAUAGAAGAAAUGGAGAGUAAGCUGAGGAAUUCACUGGAUCAGGUAUAUUUUGGGAAGACGAAAGAGAUGGUGUGCACCUUACGACCACCAGCUGAAGUGGUGAUGAGACUGCCUGAUAGCUGAUGUGGGAUUCAAUGGCAUAUGAGAAGAGAAUUGAAAUUCUUUGUAUUUUCCAAAUUUGCUUGGCAGUGUGUUGUUACUGGCAGAUUGUUUGUACUUCAUAUGUGUUCUAUUUAUUUGGGGUUGUUAGACAUAAAAUUUUGUGCAGUAUCUGUAAAACUGUGAUAGUCUGAAAAGUAAGGUGAUGCGUGGUUAAAAGAUA